AUUUCCUGAUGGGAUUCUUCCUCAUAUCAUGUCUUUCCUCCCCAAUAAAGAUGUGCUUCGAACCAGUGUCUUGUCCAAAAGAUGGAAACUUCUGCUUGAUUCUUAUCCUAAUUUAGAUUUCAUCUGUGAUGGCUUUGUUGGAAGUGAAGGACACAAUUACUGGGAGCCUAAACGUCAUGCCAAAAAAUUUCUAGAAAUUCUCGAAAAGUUCAUUUAUUUUGUGGAUGCAUCUAUUUUCAGUUUCUCUAGGCGCAACUAG